AUGGCCAGGAGGUAUGAAUGUUUGGAACAAGCCAUUGAGGAGCUGCGGCAGGUGGACAAUGCCCAGGUCCAGUCAAUCCUGAGGAAAGCACCAUUGAACCCGUCCAGUGUUAUAGCCACCAAUGCUCAACACUCCUCAAUGUCCACAUCCAGCAAACGCGACUCUGUGGAAUCACUCUUGGCAUUUAAGACUGCGGCUAAAUCAGACUACUAUUCGUCCACAUCAGCCGUUGAUAAUCCAUCUGAGAACGUUACUUCGAUAACUGCUGGCAGGGAAGACUCCGUAUCGCUCCGCACACGGAAGGAGUCUUUAGUGAGGGACUCUUUGCAUUGGCAGGGCUUUGAGAAUAUUGCCGUUGAGAUUGCUUCGAUUCAUCUUCAUCUUCCUGCAAAAUCGAUCCAGCAACUCCUCCAGACCCACUGGACAUGGGUCCAUCCUGUCUUUAUGUUUGUAUAUCGCCCUUCGUUUAUGAAGAAUUUGGUAACCGGGGGGUCUGACUUCUCACCUUUGCUCUUGAGUGCCGUCUGUGCUCAUUCAACAAGGUUCACGGACCAAGAGUUGAGUGGUCAGUUGCUGUCACGAGCUAGACUCUUGCUUGGGCAGGAGAUACACAAUACCCCUACAAUGUCUACAAUCCAAGCACUUUUGCAGCUCAGCGCUCUUGAAAUCGGCAAGGGGAUGACCUCUCAAGCGUGGCUAUUGAGCGGCAUGGCGUUUCGAAUGGCAACAGAUAUUGGGUUAUUUGCCUUCCCCCCUCAGCCGCCAGACGUCUCCAUCGCCGCUACUCAGGGGCAAGAGAUGAAGACUCGUCUUGCUUGGGGCUGCUUCCUUUGGGACAAAGCUAUUAGCUUGUAUCUCGGGCGAAUGCCAGCUCUGCCAGAUCCGCCGUCUGUCCAAGCUCAACUUCUUGAUGAUACAGCCGAGACCGAGCCCUGGAUUCCAAUCUUUGACGGUGAGCCGGUGCCCAGCAGAUUCCCACCGACUCCGGCCAGUACAAUCUCAUGCUUUACGAACUUUUGCCAACUCGGUGUCAUACUGACCGACAUAAUAAUCAAUGUAUACGGUCGGCAAGCGUCAAAUGCGGUGCUGGAAUUCAUACAAAAGGCGAGCGCUCGGUUGUCGAGCUGGCGCGCAGCAACGCCAGCCCACUUGAAGGUCGCUGAAGAUGCCCAGAAUGGCAUUUGCCCACCGCCACACGUACUUUCUCAGAAUCUCCUUUACCAUACAGCACUUAUUCUCCUGCAUCGUCCGUUUCAAUCCUCGACGACAUGUAGAACAAUAUGUCGCAAAGCAUCUGAGCAGGUUGAACAACUUUUGCUGAGGCUCAAAAACACCUUUGGCUUUACUCGGGUCACCUAUCUCAUGGCGUAUUGCACGUAUACUGCCGCUACGAUUGCGGUACAAGAUUUGAGAGAAGGUCUUGCAGGGUCAAGCCAAAGAACUCGAACAUACCUUAGUGCGCUUACUGCCGUCAAAAGCUCGUGUCCAGGUAUCCAAAGAAGCGUGGACAUCAUCAUGGCUAGCAUUGGCUCGUCAUGGAAUCUGGAUAUGUUGGAGGACGAUCUCCCCGACUCAUAUGCGAUCCUCGCCUCGCAUCCGAUGCCGGCAUUCCCAUUCUACGAUCAAAAUCUAAAUGCUGCACUGAAUGUCGAUUUUCCGGGUCCUGUUUUCAACCCGCAGCAUAUAUCGACACUCGACUCCUUCCCAGAGAACUGUAUCGAUUUUUCAGAAGAAGUUUUAAACCAAUACUUCACCGAUGCAGCUCUAAGUGGAAACUAG